AUGUUAGUUAGACGCAUUGAUAUCAUGGAUACCACGGCAGGAUUGACGACUUCUGCUGUCUGGGCCUGGAAUGAGGCAGUGCCUGAGAAGGUCGAGAACUGCGUCCACAUCCUGGUCCGUGAGCAGGCAAAACUACGGCCGGACGCCCUGGCUGUCGAUGCCCAUGAUGGGACGUGGACUUACGGGGAAUUGGAUGAGGCCUCUGAUGUUAUCGCUCGCUAUCUUGUGCAGAAAGUGGGCAUACGAGCUGAGAAUGUCGUUCCCCUUUGUUUUGAGAAAUCGAAAUGGGCUGUCGUGGCCAUCCUCGGUGUUCUGAAAGCCGGCGCUGCCAUCGUUUUCUUGGACCCAUCCUAUCCUCAAAGUCGGAUCGAAUACAUUAUCUCUCAGACCGCAGCGAAGGCUAUAGUCUGCUCACCCCUGCAACAGCAUCUGUUCACUGAGUCCGGGUACCCUCCAACGCUGCUGCUGAGUUUCGAGGACCUGAGACAGUACGCCCAUUGUGCCGUUGAAAUGAUAUCCGGGAACAUCGCCCAGCCUGGCAAUCUCCUCUACAUCAUCUUCACAUCAGGCAGCACUGGCCAACCGAAAGGUUGUGAGAUCGAGCACGGAGCGUUUUUGAGCGGUUCUUUGCGCCAUGCCGAGCUUGCAAAUAUCCACCACGAUACCCGCAUUCUGCAACUGGCUUCGUUCACUUUCGACGUCAGUAUGCUGGAGAUCCUGACGAGUCUGAUUCAUGGCGCCUGCAUCUGCAUCCCCGAUAUGAGCCUGAUGGCGAAUGGUCCUGCCUAUCUUCUGAACGAGCACCGCAUCACCUGGACUUUCAUGACACCGUCUCUAGUCAAGCUCAUGACGCCCGAUAUGGUUCCGCUUCUGCGGACUCUGGCGUUAGGAGGAGAGCCCCUCUCCAAGGUCGACGUUGAGACGUGGGCCGACCACGUUCAACUGAUCAAUGGCUAUGGUCCAAGUGAAUGCUCUGUGGCAGCUGCAGGAAACACCCAAAUGACCGUCCACACAGACCCAUCAAAUAUUGGGCACCCGGUAGGCGGAGUCUGCUGGAUCGUUGAUGCGGACAACCACGAUAUCCUUCUCCCCCCAGAUGAAAUCGGUGAGCUUCUCAUCGAAGGACCUCUCCUGGCUCGCGGAUACUUCAAAGACGAGGAAAGAACUGCCCAGGCAUUUAUUACGCGGCCGGCGUGGGGUGUGACUGAUAAGAAGAGCCAUGAUCGGAGACUGUACAAGACCGGCGACCUGGCUAAGUUUCUAGAUGAUGGUUCAAUUCAUCUUCUGGGCCGGAAAGACACCCAGGUCAAACUACGUGGCUUCCGCAUCGAAUUGGGUGAGAUCGAACACCAUAUCGCUGUGCAGCCGGAUGUCCAUCACCAAGUAGUGCUACUUCCCAAAACAGGCGUGUUCGCUAACCAUCUGGUCGCCCUUGUGUCUCUCAAGGGGCAUCUCAUCGAGACUUUGGACACGGCUCAGGCGCUUGUCUGUGUUCAUGAUGAAAUGCACAACGAGCCCAUCCAGCGGAUUGUCCAGACUCUUCGAAAAGAGCUGGCCGCCAAGGUUCCAGAGUACAUGGUCCCGGAACAUUGGAUCGUGCUGGAGAGUUUUCCCCUUCUUCUCUCUGGAAAGCUGAAUCGGUCAUUGGUCAGCAAAUGGUUGUCCGAGGCAGAUCAGGACUUACAACGUUUGGUACUUGGACUGACCAACGAGCCACUUCACGACACACCACAAAUUGACGAGCAACUGUGCUCAGUCAUCUCCAGCGUUCUGGGUCUUGCGCAGUCCUCUGUCGUCGACAGCUCUCACAAGUCUUUCUUCAGCAUUGGCGGCGACUCAAUCACCGCAAUGCAGGUCGUCGCCAAGUGCAGGAGCCUGGGACUGGUGCUAAGCGUGAAGGAUGUCUUGAGGAGCAAGAGUCUUAUCGACCUGUCGCGUUGCAUCAAGGCCUCUGCCUUGCCAAAGUAUAUGACAGAAGAGAAAGUCGAUACCCCGUUUGAGCUGUCGCCAGUGCAGCGGAUGUUCUUUGAUCUCGCCCCCGAGCAAUCUCACUCUGUUGAAGAAACCCGGUUCAACCAGAGCUUCUUUCUCAAAGUACGAAGAAUGGUAGACCCAACUGCCAUUAAUGAGGCCCUUGAACGUGUUGUGGCCCGGCACUCCAUGCUUCGAGUUCGCUUCGGUCGUGACGUCGAAACAUGCCAAUGGAUGCAAAGGAUACCAUCAGACUCAGACCACUCCUUUAGCUUUGUUUCCCACGAUGUAGAUGUCGAGGAGGAUGCGUUGCCAAUCAUGGCCAAGACCCAAGCCAGCUUGUCUCUCAGGGACGGCCCAGUGUUCGCUGCGGUUUACUUCAACAUCAACGGACGUGAUCGCCGUAUCUUCUUGGUAGCUCAUCACGUCAUGGUUGAUCUUGUGUCCUGGCGCACCAUAAUAAGAGACCUCGAAGAAAGCAUCGUCACAGGAUCGAUUAAUGCAGAGAAGCCACUGCCUUUCCAGAGCUGGCUUGCACUACAGGCGGAACACGCACAGAUGACUGAGAUUUCCAAAGUGCUCCCUUACAGCAUUCCAUCUGCUGAUCUUGACUACUGGGGAAUGGCCGAGACGCCCAACACCAUGGUUGACACUGUGGAGGCCAGCUUUAAACUGGAUCACGCGAUGACCAAGAGACUCCUCGAGGGAAAAAGCCACUCUGCCUACCGCACUGAGCCCAUCGAUAUUCUUCUGGCUUCGCUUGUCUAUUCCUUCGGCCAAAUAUUCAGAGACCGUCAACCGCCUGCCAUCUUUCGCGAAGGCCAUGGCCGUGAGCCCUGGGACGACGCCAUUGAUAUCUCGGAAACGGUUGGCUGGUUCACUACCAUGUACCCUCUCCUAGUUGACACCAAAGAUGGCCCCAGAGAUCUCAGUAUUCUGGAUGUUAUCAAGCGCGCCAAAGAUGUUCGACACAGCGUUCCGAGCAAUGGCCGACAGUACUUCGCCUCCCGUUACCUCAACGCAGACGGCGCUGCCAAAUUCGGCCAGCACGACAACGUGGAGAUCUCCUUUGAUUACUUGGGGUUGUAUCAACAAAUGGAACGCCCCGACUCUCUUCUCACCAUGGUACCCGGAUACCAAGCCCUCUACCAUGAUAUUGGAGCGCAGGCACCGCGAUUCUCGCUUGUAGAGGUCACUGCCGAGGUUCUCCAUGGACAGAUGCAGCUGCUGUUUUUCUACAACAAAAACAUGGCCAAGAAAGAUCUUAUCCAGUCAUGGAUUGCAGCAACCAAUUCCUGUUUGGUUAACGCAGUGAAUCAGUUGGAGAAGCAGUCGCGAGAGCUUACGUUGUCUGAUGUACCGCUGUUGCAGCUAGGUUACGACGAGCUGGAGGUCAUGGCUCGCUCUACACUUCCAGGAGUGGGUAUUCAUAACCUUGACCAGGUUGAGAGUGUUUACCCUGCUUCUGCGAUGCAAAAUGGCUUGCUGCUCUCUCAGCUUCGUCCUGGUCGUGCGGGCGCGUAUGAGUACAACCACGUGCUCAGGAUCACCCCACGAGUGCCUUCGGCGACGCUUGACAUCCAACGUUUGAAGGAUGCAUGGGACCGAGUCGUACAACGCCACACAUCCUUGCGGACAGUUUUCGUACGAACGGCAGGCAGUUCAGGUCUCUACGACCAGACAGUUGUGUCCAGUAUGAAAUCACAAGUGGACACUCGGGAGUGUACUGAGGAGGACGCGGUGCGCGUUUUCGAAUCUCAAGAUCGCGUCCAGUUUCGAGAGGGUGAGACCCUACAUCGCCUCACCAUCUGCGAAGUGUCACCCAGCCUCGCACUUUGCAAACUCGAAAUCAACCACGCCAUCAUCGACGGAUCAUCCAUCGCUGCUCUCCUGAGCGACUUUGUCUUGGCUUAUGAUGGACUCAUCAGCGAGCGGCCCGGUUUCGUGUUUGAGGAUUAUAUUAAAUACACCCUUGAACUCCCAGCAGACACAGCGACGGCAUUCUGGAUGGGUUACCUCACCGACGUAAAGCCUACCAUAUUUCCCGCCAUGGCUUUCUUGGAGCACGCUGUGGCUACCGUCCCGAAGUUGGGUGCUGUGAGAAUCGAUAUCGGCGUGAGUCCAAUCGAGCUGAGUCGCUUCUGUGACGACAAGCUUGUCAGCUGGGUGAACGUUUUCCAGCUUGCUUGGGGUUUGAUCCUCAAGCAAUAUACCGGGAUUGAGGACGUCUGUUUUGGAUUACUCUCCUCUGGUAGAGAUGCUCCUUUGGAUGGCAUCCAGGAAGGCGUCGGCGCUUUUCUGACCAUGCUUGUCAGCCGCAUUACUCUUGACCAAGACACGACCUUGUCAUUGGCUCUUCAGGACGUGGCGAGAAACUUGGUCGACUCACUACCUCACCAGUACUUCGGGCUCGCCAACAUACAGCACGGCUUGAAACUAGCCAAUCAGCCCCUGUUCAAUACUAUCAUCUCGUUUCACAGGGAUACAGACCAAGACAUGUAUCCAAGCUCAGGCAUCUGUAUCGAGGCGAUGGAAGGCCAUGACCCUACGGAAUACGUCCUGUCCCUGGACGUUGGCGUCUCUGAGACGAAAAUUGACGCUUCACUCCAAUUCUGGACAGAUGAGAUCACACGACUACAAGCUGAGAAUAUCGGAACCACCUUCGCAGAGGCCGUGAAGGCAAUUAUUACACACCCCGAAACCGACGUGGGCCAAGUCGACCUCGUCGGCGAUCAUCAUAUUCAGCAGUUGAGAUCUAUCAUCGCCGCGAAUCAUGAGUACGUCAGCGAGUGCGUUCACCACGCGAUUGAACGCCAGGCCCUUGCUGCCCCCGACCAUGAGGCCAUCUGCUCAAACGAAGGAUCGUGGUCCUACGCCGAGGUAGACCGUCUUUCCAGUAGUAAACUAGCCCAUCACCUUGUGUCUUUGAACAUCGGGCCAGAGGUCAUCAUUCCGUAUUGCUUCCCCAAGUCCGCAUUCGCCAUUAUCUCGAUGCUGGCCAUCCUCAAAGCUGGCGGAGCUGCAUUCGCCGCCUACGUUUUCGAUGUCUCACUACAAGACAUCCUCAUUACAUUGAUGUUCGGAGGGACGGUGUGCGUCAUAUCGGAUGAGCAGCGAAUGAAUGAUCUCUCUGGCGGCAUCAAUCUCACAAGGGCGAACUGGGCGGAUCUCACGGCCACAGUCAGUGGGAUGCUCCAUCCGGCGGACGUUCCAACUUUGAAGAGGCUUAACAACGGCGGAGAGAUCCUGAUUGAAGGACCACUCGUCGCCCGGGGCUACCUCAACGAUCCGGAGAAGACGGCUGCCGCCUUCAUUGAGGACCCAAUUUGGGCUUCGCAGUUUCCGAAAGGCGCGUCGUCCUCAUCGAAGAGGUUUUACAAGUCCGGUGAUCUUGGAAUCUUGAAUACAGAUGGUAGUAUCACGAUACUUGGCCGCUGUGACGCUCAGGUCAAGAUAAAUGGACAGCGGGUGGAGCUUGACGAGGUGAUGUGCCAAGCUCAGCGACUGCUGCCGCAAGGUUACCACAUUGCCGUGGAUGCGACAUCAAUGAAAGAAACUGCUCACAAGAAAGACAUUGUGGCUUUUGUCAGCGUUCCCAGUCCCGGCCCGUCCUGUCAGAAGGGAGCAUUGCUCUCAUUGCAGCUGUCAGCCGAAUUGAAAGACAUUUUCACAGAGGUGCAACACUCUCUGGCAAAGGUACUGCCAUCAUACAUGAUGCCUUCGCUAUGGAUACCCACCACGGAGAUCCCACACACCACCUCUGGCAAGUUGGAUCGCCAGAAGUUACGAGGCUUGGUGGCGACCAUUGCCUCAUCCCAGCAAGCGGUCUCGCAGUAUUCUUUGAGAUCCUCUGAGAGCCUUGAACUUCCUACAAACCGCACUGAAGAGAUUCUCCAGGAGCUUUUGGGACUUUCCUUGGACAUCGAGCGGGCGCAAAUCGGGCGUCGUGAUGAUUUCUUCGCCCUGGGCGGCGAUUCUGUUGGUGCCAUGAAGCUGGUGAGCGCUGCCCGGAAGCAGUUUGGUUUGAUCCUGCAUGUUACCGACAUCUUCAAGCAUCCUACACUUGGUGACUUGGCUGCUAUCAUAGACGACCGGAAUGAGGCGGACGCAAAUCAGCUGGCGCUGGCAUCAGCGGCACCUUUCGAACUUGUCGACGUUUCAUCAGCGCUCCCAGAAGCUGCGGCGCAAUGCAAAGUCAACCCUGAGGAAAUUGAGGACAUCUACCCGACCUCAGCACUUCAAGAUGUCAGACAGACAUCCAACCAGACUGUGUACUUCGUUUGGACGGCGCAUCAUGCCGUGUACGACGGGUGGUCCAUGACGAUCCUCUUCAACCAGGUGGCUGAUGCGUUCUGGGGUAAGCCGGUCAUUUCGUCAACGCCAUUCAAGCACUUUAUCAGCCAUGUUGCGAGCGUAGAUGAAUCAGCGGCGGAUGACUUCUGGAAGGAGACUCUUGAUGGCCGGGGGAGCUGUCCGGUGAGCUUCCCGCCAACAAGCCAAGACUACGCUUCAUCAUCCUCCGGCAAACUGGCCACCAAGAUUACUGUGCAUGCUCAAGCUCCAGAUGCUAUCGCUUCUGGUAUCCUGGACUCAACCAUCAAGCGUGCCGCUUGGGCAUUGACACUCGCGAGCUUCAGCGACUCUCCCGAUGUUGUCUUUGCCCAGACACUGUCAGGACGUAAUGUGUCCAUGUCUGAAAUCGAGGAGGUUAUGGGUCCCACCAUUGCCACCGUGCCUGUGCGCGUACGCAUUCCAACGAAGCUUUCCGGUGUCACUGUGAGGAGUUUCCUGGAGAAGCUCCAGGCUCAUGCCUUUGAGGCGAUGAAAUUUGAACAAGUUGGCUUGCAGCGCAUUCGAGAACUCAGCAACGAUGCUCGCAACGCGGUCGACAAUAUCUCGAAUCUCUUCGUCAUCCAGCCGAAUCAACAUGAUGGUGAUGUGACAUUCUUGGGAAUGGAGCCACUUCCGAGGCAUGAGGGCACUUUGCUGGAAUACUACCCGCUCACGGUUCUCUGCAACCUGGAAGAUUCAGGAGAGUACACUGUGGAGGCACUGUUCGAUGAGAAUGUCAUCUCGUCGGAACAGACGACCCGAAUCCUGCACCAGUUCCAACACAUAGUCCAGCAGCUCUCGAUGAUAUCCAACAUGGAUACACUUCUUGAUGCGAUCAAGCUGCUCAACCCAUACGACCUCCAUGAUAUCCGUGAAUGGAAUGCCGGUCUCCCAAUGCGCGUCGACGCUUGCAUACCGGAUCUCAUUUCUGAGAACGUUGCUCUUCGACCAGACUCCGAAGCUGUUUAUGCAUGGGACGGCCAGCUGAGUUACCAAGAAUUUGACUUCGUCACUUUGAAGCUUUCGAGCCACCUCGCUUCUCUAGGAGUUGGGAGGGAGGUGAGAGUUGGUCUGUGUUUUGACAAGUCAAUCUGGAACCUUGUUUCCAUGUAUGCUGUUAUGCGUACAGGCGGCGUCUGCGUCCCCUUGCUGCCUACGUAUCCUAGGGGACGUAUCGCGGACAUCCUUGAAGACAUCGAGACGUCUUUGGUGCUUGUCUCACCGCAGCACAGCAGCAUAUUCGACGGGACCGUGCCGAAUAUCUUGUCCGUCGACCAGGAUUUGCUUGACUCUCUUCCGUCGCACCUAGAUGUACAAUUGACAGCACUUCACGACAUCGAGCCUCGUGACGCUGCCUUUAUAGUGUUUACUUCCGGCAGUACAGGGCGUCCGAAGGGAGUAGUGAUCGAGCAUAGUGGGUUCUGCACCAUGGCCCACCAUCAGCUGGGCGAGCUUAUGCUUGGACCAGAAUCGCGUGUUCUGCAGUUUGCGACGCACACAUUUGAUAUCUGCCUGUUUGAGAGUUUUGCGCCUCUUGUCAGAGGUGGAUGUGUUUGCAUUCCGUCAGAGCACCAGAGGAUGAACAAUUUGGUCCAGGCCAUCAAUGAGUUCCGCGUGGACUGGAUCAUCAUGGUGUCUACGAUCGCACAAAACUUCUAUCCGGAAGAUGUUCCGUCACUCAAGACGCUGGUUCUGGGCGGUGAGCCGCUUCGCCCUGACAUCCAUGCCCGCUGGGCUUCGCGUGUCAACUUGUUCAACGACUACGGGCCGGCAGAAUGUUCCAUAUUGGCGGUUAUGACUCCGUCGACCUCGGAAACCCCACCGUCCAUGAUUGGCAAGGGUCAUGGUGGACGCACAUGGGUUGUUGAUAAGGACGACCACGACAGACUGCUUCCUGUCGGCUGCGUGGGAGAGCUCCUCAUCGAAGGCCCAAUCCUGGCUCGAGGAUAUCUAGGCAAACCCGAGGAAACGGCAAAUUCAUUUAUCAGUGACCCCUCCUGGGCCUCGUCCUUUGAUGUAUUGAACCUUUCCUCAAGAUUCUACAAGACUGGAGAUCUAGUCCGCUAUGCCGAAGACGGCAACUUGAUCUAUCUCGGGCGAAAGGACACACAAGUCAAGAUCCGAGGUCUGCGUAUUGAACUUGGUGAAAUUGAGCACCACGUCAAGAUUAGCCAGCUGAACACCUACAAGCAGGCCGUGGAGAAGGUGUUGCUAGGUAACGAUGUCGAUAAGGCUGCCCUCGUCGCCUUUGUUGUGCCAUCGGCAGUGGAGCGCUCGAAUGCCCAUAACACUGCUGAACGCUCAGAAAACUUGUCACCUUGGUCUUCUGACCUGGAGGGUCAGCUGUGGGAGCUACGGGAGUAUCUGACGAAGUCACUUCCAGCAUACAUGGUGCCAACUCUCUACGUGCCCCUGCACGAUAUGCCGGAGACGCAGACCAACAAGAUUGAUCGAAAUGCACUGAAGACGAUGGGUGCUGCAUUGAAACCGGAUCAGAUUGCCCUCUAUUCGCUUUCCUCAGUCGAUAGGCCUGCUGCAUCUGGUGCCAAGCGUGCUCCGUCAACGGAGACCGAAAUUCUGCUGCAAGGUCUUUGGGCUCGGCUCAUGAGCAUCGAGCCAGAGCAUGUCGACGCACACGACAACUUCUUUGUAAAGGGCGGUGAUUCUAUCAAGGCCAUGCGUCUCACUUCGUUGGCGAGAUCUCAUGGAGUCUCACUGAUAGUGGCUGAUAUCUUCAAGAAUCCUGAACUCAGCCAGAUGGCCCUUGUGGCAACUUGGCUGGACGGCCGAGAACAGCCACGGAUGAGCGACCUUAUAGAACCCUUCGAUUUGCUCUCUGGAUCGCAAAGUAACAGAGAGAUGGUAAUCAAGGAUGCUGCGACUCAAUGCUCUGUUUCUGUGGACGCGAUUCGGGACAUUUAUCCCUGCACGCCUCUGCAAGAAGGGCUGAUGGAGUUAGCUACUCAGCGGCAAGGCGCCUACACUGCACAGAGGGUGUUCCGCCUCCACGGCGAUAUUGAUACCGGGAGGUUUCAGGCUGCUUGGUCCCAUUUGGUCGCCAUUCACCCAAUUUUGAGAACCAGGAUCGUUCUAUGCUCCAAUUCUGGGGAGGCGAUGCAGGUGGUGAUUGACGAGGAUGUCACUUGGCAGCAAGAACUCACCCUGCCCAACUAUCUCGCCGCCGACAGAGCAAUACCAAUUCAUUACGGCAGCCCCCUGGCGCGCUAUGCGCUGGACGCUGAGCACAGUCACUUCAUUUGGACUGUCCAUCACGCACUCUACGACGGCUACAGCUUCAACGUGUUGAUGGCACAGCUUGAUAUGCUUUACAGAGGGCCUUACAUCCACCCUCCCGUAACACAUUACAAUUCUUUCGUCAAAGCUGUGACGUCGGGAGUCAGUGCCGACGAAUUGCAAGCAUUCUGGACCAAACAACUUGCACACGGGGCGCCUGAAAGCUUCCCACCUCUUCCGUCGGCGACUCACCAAUCUUGCCCUGACUCGGAAAUCACGACGACAAUCAACGUCGAAGGGCAUCGCCGGGCCGGGCAGCCUUUCAUGCUAUCAACAAUUCUUCGAUCAGCGUGGGCUAUAGUUACGGCACGGUAUAUGGGCUCCCAGCACGUAGCGUUCGCAGCCACCAACUCUGGUCGUAACGCCGAUGUUUGCGGGAUAGACACCAUCGUCGGCCCGACCAUCACCACUGUUCCUCUCCAUAUCGCCAUUGCCCCGGACACAACGAUAAAAGGCUUCCUUGACGGAGUCCAGCAACUCGGCAUCGACAUGGUGCCUUUUGAGCAGGCCGGCGUGCAGAGAGCCUUUGCUCUGGCAGAACGGAAACAAAACCUCCGCAACCUAUUCGUCAUCCAACAAUCGUUGGUUGAAGACUCUCAGAAAAGCAGCUCCAUUAUGGACGAGGUCGUGGACAAAGCUUUCCUCCGUGGAUUCCACGUCUACCCGGUGGUGGUUGAAUGCAACGUCAUGAACGACGAGGAGGUCCAUGUCGAGCUCCAGUUUGACAAGUCCGUCUUGGCAGAGACUACGUCAAGAUGGGUCCUGGAACAAUUUGAGCACGUCGUCGGCCAGCUGCUCACUCCAAAGCUAUUGACUUCAGGCGCCUUGCUGACGGACAUCAACCUUGUACCUUCUGCACACAUCGACAGAAUGGUUUCUUGGAAUGACGCGGUGGACAUACAAGAUGUCGAGGAAUGUGUCCACGAUAUUUUCCGCCGACAGGCCAACGAACGACCUGACACCGAGGCUGUGGUCAGCUCUUGGGAGGGUUCACUCACGUACGGGCAACUGGACGAAAUGAGUGACAGAUUGGCAGUUCACCUGGUUGAGAAGGGUAUCAGGCCUGAAGGUCUUGUGCCUAUGUGCCUUGACAAGUCUAUCUAUACUGUCGUAGCCAUGAUGGCCACCCUCAAGGCUGGUGGGGCUUGUGUGCACCUGGGAAUCAAGUCACCGGCUUCAAGAAUGGUUGACAUCAUACGGCAGGCCGCUUCGAACGUCAUCCUCACGGAUGCAUCGAAUUCACGCAAAUUCGUCGAUCAGCUCCCAGACGUGCAGAUCGUCACUGUUGACGCUUCUUUGUUUGGGAAGUUGUCUGGUCGUGGUGCUGCCUCAUUGCUCCCUCGUGUCUCUCCCACCAACCCGGCAUUUGUGCUGUUCACAUCCGGUAGCACUGGAAAGCCGAAGGGAGUCGUCGUGGAACACGGAUCGCUCUGCACCUCUAGCCGAGCCCACGGGACUAAUCGCAAGAUUGGUCCUGGCACCAGACUGUUUCAGUUUGCAGCAUACACAUUCGACGUGUCUGUGGCUGACAUCUUCACCACCCUUCAACGUGGCGGCUGUAUCUGCGUGCCUUCUGAAGACGAGCGCACCAACGACAUUAGCGGUUCUAUCAAUCGACUGGGUUGUAAUUAUGCUUUCCUCACGCCAACCGUAGCCGGAAUGGUCGAGCCGACGAGCGUUCCAGGUUUGAGAACCCUUAUCUUGGGUGGAGAACUCCUGACGAGUGACAACAUCCACCGUUGGGCAUCGCGAGUGGAUCUCAUCAUCAGCUAUGGCAUGACCGAGUGUAGCAUCCACUGCGUCGAUGCCGUGCCCCUGGCAAUUGAGGGCCAUCCUGCCAACCUUGGCCGCCCAUCUGGAUGUCACAUGUGGAUUGUCGACGAGAAUGACCAUAACAAGUUGGCCCCUCUCGGUGCUGUUGGAGAGCUAGUUAUUGAGGGCAGGAUGGUGUCUCGAGGCUAUCUGAACGACAAAAUCAAGACAGACGCCGCUUUCAUCACCAACCCAGCUUGGGCUUCCGGCAAGACAAGAUCGAGCGUUCCUCGCAGGAUGUACAAGACAGGCGACCUUUGCAGGUAUAGCCCUGCAGGAGAAUUUUUUUAUGUGAGCCGCAAGGACUUCCAAGUCAAGCAUCACGGCCAGCGCAUCGAACUCGGCGACAUUGAACACCACACGGCUGCUGAUGCGCGCGUCCACCAGGCUGUCGUGCUCCUUCCCAAACGAGGCCCUUUGCAGAAGAAACUCGUUGCUGUCCUGAGCCUCAAAUCCUCAUCCAAGCCGCUUUCACAAAAAAAGCAGCUCGACCUGGUCUCUGGCCUCGACAAGGGUAUUGCAGACUCGCAGGUGUCUGCGAUCCGCAGCUAUCUCGCAACAAAGAUGGUGAACGCAGCAAAGGUGACGCCGGCGGCGCGGAUCACGGUACCGAAUCUGUUGCGGGCUGUCGAAGCCCUUGUGCAACAGUAUUCUUCAUUCCGAACUCGAUUCUCACGCAACGCUCAGGGACAGUGGGCUCAAACCAUCACCAAGGGUCCAUCAUCCGCAUACUACACAUUCAGAGCUCACUCUUUGUCCUCGCUUGGCGAGCUGGACCUCUGCCUCUCGAACCUGAACAAAGCCCAGUUGAACGUGGAGACAGAAACUUUAUUCUCAGUCCAUUUGUUCCACCAUGAGAACGGCGACGGUGACGAUCAUACACAAGUUGUGCUCCUACGAGCACACGCUUUGAUCGCCGACGCCAAGUCGAUGAGUGUACUGGUCGAAGAUCUGCGCUCCCUGCUGGAUGGAAACAUACUCCCAGGCACUGAAGAAUUCCCUCUGGCAUCGUUUCUUGCACAAAUACAGGAAAAGACCGUGUACGACUUCAAUGGCGAUUCUGAGGCUGCUCUUGAGUCUUGCAGUACCGCUGCUGGGAACCACGCCUCGGGGGAUGUCGUUGAGCGGACCAUCACCUUGGACAAAGCAUCAACGUCACUUCUGAUGGGCGACAGCAACCGAGCCUUGUCAACGUGUCCGCAAGACAUCGUGGUUGCCACUACCGCUUUGGCAUGGCGCGAAAUCUGGGGUCGCUACCCUUCAUCGAUCGCCGUGAGGGAUGACUCCAGACCUACCAGGGCGGUGGGUCAGUUUUCUCGUCUGCGUCAGACCCCAGAGAUUGACUGCACCGACUGCAUCCAAGUUCUCGCCCGAUUUAAAGACUCACGAGUCGGCGAGCGUAUCGACAAGUCACUCAUGCGGCGAGCAUCCGGUUAUGUCGAAGUCUUGAUUGACACCAUGUGUCCGGUUCCUGCUGCGGAUUCUGGGAAAGGCCACGCCCAUGAUCUCAUCUACGAUGCCACGUCUUGGGGUACUCAUUCAAAACUCCGCGUCACGCCAACGCUGGCCAACGACCGAAUGAUGUUGAAGUUGACUUACAACGAUGAAACAGGAAGUUAUGAUGUAUUCACCCACCUCAUCAAGACAUUGGAGCAACGUCUUUCCCAGCUAGUGGCUAUGCUGAGUUCCACGAAGACCACACCAACUCUCAGUGAUUUCCCCUCGCUGAAGCUGGGGUACACGCAGCUCAAAAAGCUGGAAACAGUUUUGGAUGUCGCAGGAGUAUCCUUCUCCAACGUGGAAGCGAUCGUGCCCUGUACUCCCCUUCAACAACGUAUGCUCGAAAGCCAAAAGAGGAUUCCGGGUUCUUAUCAGUCAGACACCGCACAUCGCAUCACCUCCGGUGGCACGAACAGCGUCGACGUGGCCCGUCUCCAACGUGCAUUCGUGCAGGUCACGGCCAGACACGAAGCUUUGCGCACUAUCUUCCUCCCCAGUGUCGCGCGGCCUGGUGAGUACUAUCAGCUCGUGUUGAGUCACUACGAGCCAUCCGUUCAAGUGAUCCAUUGCGAGGAGGCGGAUAUCAACAACGGCUCCACCAUUCAGGAACAUCAUACGGUCCACCACGCAUCCAUGAAGCCGCAUGUUGGGCUCACCCUGUUCCAGACAGAGUCAUCUCUAUGCACCAAGCUAGAGAUCAGCCAUGCUUUGCAAGACGGCGCCAGCAUGCGCAUCAUAUACCAGGACCUGGUUCGCGCGUAUCGGGAUCCAGAAUAUUUUGCCGCACCUCCUAUAUCACCGUCCCCUGGGUUCCGCGAGUAUGCUGCCUGGCUCGAGGUCCAACACGAAAUCAAUUUGACGGAGUCGACGCGCUUUUGGAUACAAUACCUGGACGCGUUCAUGGAGAAACCAUGCCACCUUCCCAGUUCCCAGAUUGAUCCCGCUGCUGGCAGAGGCGAAAACGUCUUGAUCCCAAUCUCCAUCGACACUAACUCCAACGUGAUCUCCCAGGUCUGCCGCCUAUACAAGGUCACGCCCUCGACGUUUUUCCAGGGCGCGUGGGCAACCUGUCUGCAGGCUGUCACUGGUCUUGAUGAGGUAGUGUUCGCCCACGUUGUGGCGGACCGCGACAUGGCAGACUUUCAAGGGGUGGUCGGCCCUCUUAUCAACAUGCUGGGAUGUAGGGUCCGGGCCACGGGGUCUAACCCCGGGGUGGAUGUCCUGCGGCGUGUCCACGAGAGCUUCCUCGAGACGCUGCCAUUCCAGCAUGGACUCGUACCGGCGGCCGCUGCGAUGGAGAGGGAAUCGUCGGCUUCCCAGUUGCCUUGGAACUCGGCACUUUCAGUGGAGUAUGUGAACGAUGCCAGCAGUGCCGGCUACUACCCAGUUUCUUCUGGGUCGGAUGACGUUCUUGGAUUUGACAGUCUGUGGGGAAGCAGAGCGCCGGAAUUCGAUGUCGUUUUGGGUGUCUUGGUUGGUCAGAAGAGCGUGGAGGCACCUGCUCGUCACAUCUGCGCCAUGACGUCCAAUCCAGAGUUCAACAGUGACACUACCGGCACCGAAGCGGCCAAAGCUCUCGGGGCAUCAAUCAGGGGCAAGAUUGUUGUCAUCACCGGUGUUAGCCCUGCUGGCCUCGGCUUCUCCACAGCAGUAGCGAUCGCCUCCCAGGAGCCGGCGAAUCUCAUCCUGGCCUCCCGGACGGCAUCGAAGCUGGAUGCCGCAGCAGCCGAGAUUGGGGAAAAGUAUCCUGCUGUAAAGGUCCAGAAGGUUUCCCUCGAUCUCGCAUCCCUCGACUCUAUCAAGGAGGCCGCUGCCCAGAUCGAUACUCUGGUCGACCACGUUGAUGUCCUCAUCAACAACGCCGGCGUCAACCACCUGAACAGGGACGCUGUACAAACCCCAGGGGACACCUGGGUCGAUGCAAACUUCUUCACCAACCAUCUUGGCCCAUUCUACUUCACCUACCUCCUGCUCCCUAAAUUGCGUGCGGCGGCAAAGCCUGACGGACCAAAGGGCGCCACACGCAUUAUAAACCUCAGCAGCCACGGCCACCGACUGUCCCCCGUUCGCUUCUAUGACUACCAGAUCUACCAUUAUGUCUACGACGGAGUACCUGAUAGCCAGAAGCCCCCCAAAGGGCUGCCUGAGGGAUUUCUCAGGCUUGUCGACGGCUACCCCGGUUUCAUCGGCUACGGGCAAUCAAAGACAGCCAACAUCCUGCACGCCACAGAGCUCAGCCGGCGUUUCAAGAAGAGUGGUGACAACAUACUCGCCCUUUCUGUCCAUCCUGGCACCAUCGACACUGAGCUAUCGCGAAACCUGGAUGAGGAGGCAUGGAACAUGAUCAAGGGAACGGCACCUCAUGGCCAGUGGAAGAAUCUGGACCAGGGCGCAGCCACGACGGUUGUUGCCGCAUUUGACCCGAAGCUUGGGGAGCUCGAUGUUGGCGGCGAGGCGUUCGGUUACAUGUCUGACUGCCAGUUAGGCGAUGAACAUCUCGCCGAGCAUGCGAAGGACACGUACAACGCACAGAUGUUAUUUCACGAGAGUGAGCGGAUGCUAGGGCACAAGACCGGGCUGUAA